CGUCGUAGUUGCGCAAUGUGUCUAAUCGCAAAAGAGCAACGGUUAUCUUUACUCGAAAAACAAGUAUAUCACCCAAUUCAAAUGCUAGAUAAAUCAAUUGUGUUUUCUUUAAAUGAAGGUUGUGGAGUUUUAGCUGAUGCAUUGGUUAUUUUUAAGAAUCGCCAUGUAAACUUAAAACAUAUAGAAUCUCGUCCUGCUAAAUUCCUGAAAGGAUAUGAUUUUUAUAUUGAAAUCGAUGAAGAAUCUACUCAAAGUGAUAACAUCAAUCUAGUUAUUGAGGAUUUGAAGUUAGUUGCCAAAAAUGUUGUUUUACAUAAUGAAGAAAUACCAUGGUUUCCAAGAAAAAUAGCUGAUUUAGAUAAAUUUGCUACUCGUGUUUUAAGUUAUGGUUCAGAGUUAGAUUCAGAUCAUCCUGGUUUCACAGAUCCAAUAUACAGAGCAAGAAGAAAGGAGUUUGCAGACAUUGCUAUAAAUUAUCGUUAUGGUCAACCACUUCCAAGAGUUACAUACACUCCUCAAGAGAUUGAAACAUGGGAUUUUGUAUUCAAAGAGCUUACUAAACUUUAUCCUACACAUGCUUGUGCAGAGCUUAAUUACAUGUUUCCUCUUUUAGUUGAAAACUGUGGAUACAAAUUGGGUAGCAUACCACAGCUUGAUGAUGUUUCAAGGUUUCUUAAAGAAUGUACUGGUUUUACUCUUCGACCAGUGGCUGGCUUAUUGUCUUCUCGUGAUUUUUUGGCUGGUUUGGCAUUUAGAGUAUUUCACGCAACGCAAUAUAUUAGACACAGUUCAACACCUAUGUACACACCUGAGCCAGAUGUUGUUCAUGAAUUAAUAGGCCAUGUUCCUUUGUUUGCUGAUCCAAGCUUUGCUCAGUUUUCUCAGGAAAUUGGGCUAGCUUCUCUUGGUGCUUCAGAUGACUGGAUUGAAAAGUUGGCAACGAUAUAUUGGUUUACUGUUGAAUUUGGAGUUUGUCGUCAGAAUAAUGAACUAAAGGCUUAUGGUGCUGGCUUAUUGUCCUCAUUUGGAGAGUUACAAUAUUGCCUCUCCGAUAAACCUGAGCAUCUUCCAUUUGACCCUGAAAAAAUGUCAAUGACUAAGUAUCCCAUUACUGAGUUUCAACCAAAAUAUUUUGUAGCAGAAUCUUUUGAAGAUGCUAAAUACAAAGUCAGGGAGUGGAGUUUAAAGAUACCUCGCUCAUUUACUAUACAUUAUAACCCUUAUACAGAAAGCAUCGAAGUUUUAAACAGUCGUGGAAAGAUUGCUAACGUUAUAUCUAAUAUUCAGUCGGAGAUAAACGUUUUAUUGCAAGUUAUUGGUGAGAACCGAUUGUUGCAUUGAAAAUUCUUAAAAAUCAUCGACUAAAACCAUUUUUUAACCACUAAUAUACUAUGUAUAUAAGUAUGUGUGUGCAUUUUAUUCUGUGUAGAAAUGACAUUUUUUUGCAUGGCAGCACUAAGCUUUUAUCCUUCACCUCUUGAAAAAAAAAAGUUUUGUCUCUACUUUUUGAUACGUCAUUGCAAUAUGCAGUAUACAAAAAAAUUGAGAUAUUUUCAGGAUUAAAAAAAACUAGAAGAAUUGCAAUGACAAUUUUUAAUAUUUUUAAAUGUACGAAGUAACAAUUAAUAAAAGUUAACUUUUUCAACUAAGAACUUUGCUAUUUAAUCACGGAAUAUAAAGUAUAAUAUAUUUAAUUGUUACAGAUUUAAGAAAUUUUAAAUUUGAUAUUUUAAGCUCAAUUGAUAUUUUAAGACAAAUUUGACAAAAGCAUCCAUUAUAAUCAUUUAAAAAAAUUAAAGUUUAUUGCCUAAUAUUUGUCUGUUUGAAAUUAAAUAGUACAAAUAAUUUUUUUCUAACACGCAUAUUAUUUCUAUAGCAGAGGAUAAUUUUCUAGGUUUGUCACUUUAUUUAUUGGAGUUUUAUUAAAAUUAUUUAAGCAUGCUUUAAGUAUAUUUAUACACAUAUUUCUGAGAAUUUUUAAUAUAUGUUGUUUUAUAAA